GCAGACAGAAAACAUGAGCCCUCUUCGUAUACUAAUUUCACUCUUUUUGCCUACCUUCUUCUUCUUGUCAUGCUCCUCCAUACCAAUUGUGCUAUCUAAAACAAUUAUCCAGAGCCAAUGCCUUGAUGACCAGAGAUCUGCUCUAGUUCAGUUGCAGCAAGAUCUUUACUUUUCUCCUAAUUUUACUUUUUCUUCCAAAGUUGAGCUUUGGGAUCUCAAAACAGAUUAUUGCUCCUGGAAAGGAGUCACAUGUGAUGCUCUUGGUUAUGUUGUUGGCCUCGAUCUUAAUUACAAAUACUUUUCAGGAAGCUUCCAUUCCAUUUUCAAUCUCCAUAAUCUUCAACGCCUUAAUCUUGCUGGAAACAAUUUUAAUACCACUCUGUUUCCCUAUGGGUUUGAAGGGCUCCCAAAUUUGACUCAUCUAAAUCUCUCAGACUCAUGUUUUCAUGGUCAAAUUCCAAUGGCAAUCUCACACUUAACAAGGUUAGUGUCUCUUGAUCUAUCUAAUCAAGAUUAUUGCUAUUGGAGAAAUGAUCAAAGUGUUGAUUCAUAUGAUGAUUAUUAUCCUAUUCUAAAAUUAGAGAAACCAGAUUUCAACUCAUUAAUCAAGAAUUUGAAGUCUCUCACAGAGCUUUACUUGGAUAGUGUGAACAUUUCAACUCAAAGUAUUAAAUGGUGUGAAACCAUAUCGUCAACACUUCCAAAUUUACGUGUGUUAAGCAUGUCAUCCUGUGAUUUGAUAGGUCCACUUUGUUCUUCCCUCUCCACACUCCAUUUUCUUUCCAAACUUAACCUGAAUGAUAAUCCAAUCUCUUAUUUGCCUCCCAAUUUCUUGGAAAUUUCCUCUCGAUUGGUUUUUCUCAGUCUAUCCUCUUGCAAUUUGAGUGGGCAUUUUCCAAUUGAAGUUUUCUUAUUGCCCAAAAUACAAAGCAUUGAUAUUUCAGCAAAUUACAAUCUCAUGGGUCAGUUGCCAGAAUUUCCAAUUAACAACAAUUUACAUGUCUUAUCACUUUCCUGGACAAAUUUCAGCGGAGAAUUGCCAAAAUCAAUUGGUAAUCUUAGGUUCUUGACAAAAUUAAAUCUUGUUGGUUGCUAUUUCUUUGGAUCCAUUCCAUCAUCAGUUGCAAAUCUUACUAAUCUUGUGAAACUGGAUCUAUCAUAUAACAAUUUUAGUGGUUUAAUCCCUUCAUUUCAUAAAUCUGGAGUUCCAAAUCUUGCAUUUCUCAAUUUGGUCGAGAACCAGCUUUCUGGAAGGAUACAUUCUUCUUUAUUUACUCUCCCAUCAUUGGAUACAUUGUCUCUUGAAAGAAAUCAACUGGUUCGUGAAAUUGAUGAGUUCCCUAAUGCAUCUUCUUCGGUGAUGAGAUGUUUGAGCUUAGGCGAUAAUUAUUUAAAAGGAUCCAUUCCUAACUCAAUCCUUCAACUCCCAAGGCUUGAAUCACUUUUUAUUGGCUACAACAACUUCGGUUCUAUGAAGCUUGACAUGUUCUUUCAACUCAAGAACUUGAGGUAUCUUGAUCUAUCCAAUAUGAGCUUGUUAAUUGGAAGCAACAAUAAAAGCCUUACAUUUCCCCAAUUGGAGGAGUUAUACCUAGUGUCAUGCAACCUUGCUGGAUUUCCAGAAUUCAUCAAAACACAAGGCAAUUUGGCUUAUCUAGAUCUUUCUAACAACCAAAUCCAUGGCUUUGUGCCUAAUUGGUUGUGGAAGGCCACUUAUUUAUACGUAGACCUUUCUUUCAAUGCCAUUGAUUUCCCAAAACAAUUUCCCUUCGAUGAUGGAAACUCAUCCUUUCCAAUGCUAAUGGAGUUGCAUUUAAGAUCCUGUAAUAUAAGUACAUUUCCAGAGUUUUUAAAGAGUCAAGAGAAUUUAGAAUAUCUUGACCUCUCAAAUAACAAAAUAAGUGGUGCAAUACCAAACUGGUUGUGGAAGAAAAGUUUGGGUUAUUUGUCUCUUUCUAACAAUCAUCUCUUAUCUUUGGACCAAUUUUUACCCAAUCAGUCUCUAACUUCUUCACAAGGCUCUUUCCCCAAACCUAUUUGCAAUUUGAGUCAACUUUACCUUUUCAAUGCAUCUUAUAACAAUUUGAGCGGCCAAAUUCCAGAUUGGUUAGGCAAUAUCAGUACUCUCUCUUUGUUGGAUCUUCAAGGAAAUAACUUCAGUGGAAUCUUACCAAAUUUUGCAGCAGUAACCCAACUAUGGGUACUCAAAGUUAGUAAGAAUAGAUUGGAAGGGAAGUUGCCAAAGUCAUUAGCCAAAUGCACUCAACUCGAAGUUUUGGAUGUGGGAAACAACAUGAUGUAUGAUACAUUCCCUUUUUGGUUGGAGAAAUUGCCAGCAUUGAAGUUUCUAAUACUGCGAGAGAAUAGAUUUUAUGGUCAAAUUAAACAUUCGAAACAUAAAAAUGGUUUUCCAGCGUUGGAUGUACUUGACAUUGCUUCUAAUGAAUUUUCUGGUGAAUUAUCCAUUGAUUUCCUUCAAGCUACUCAAUUAAGGUCACUCAAAAUGGGUGGGAAUAAAUUGGAAGGGAAGUUGCCAAGAUCAUUAGGCAAUUGCACAAAACUUGAGGUUUUAGACCUUGGAAACAAUAUGGUUCAUGACACAUUUCCGGUUUGGUUGGAGAAGUUGCCUUCCUUGAAGGUUCUCAUUCUACGAGCAAACAGAUUUUACGGUUCAAUUAAGAAUUUCAAGACGGAAUGUGAUUUUCCAAUGCUACGGAUAUUGGACAUUGCUUUCAACAAUUUUUCAGGUGACUUAUCCAUUGAAUUUUUGCAAUGUUUGGGGGCAAUGACGCUGAUGACUAAUGGCAACAAAGCUAAGCUAGAUUAUAUUGGAGAGGAGUACUAUCAAGACUCUGUCACAAUUGUCAAUAAAGGGAUUGAAAUCUUUUAUGAGAAAAUCUUAACCAUUUUUACUUGCCUUGACCUUUCCAACAAUAGUUUCCAUGGGAGAAUACCAGAAGAAAUACAAUUUCUCAAAUCACUCAAAGUGCUAAACUUAUCCCAAAAUAGCUUCUCUGGCCAAAUUCCAUUAGCACUUGAGAACCUAAAAGACCUCGAGUCUUUGGACCUCUCACAAAACAAACUUUCCGGGAAGAUUCCUCCUCAACUUACAAGUCUAACUUUCCUGGAAGCACUAAACCUGUCUUACAACCAACUUGAAGGAAGCAUACCACAAAGCAACCAAUUCAAUACAUUUUCAAAUGAUUCUUACAAAGGGAAUCCAAGAUUAUGCGGGCCGCCUUUGUCAAGGAAAUGCAAUGAAGUUGGUGUUCCAGUGCCCCAUCCAAAGAAAGAUGUAGAUUCCUGGGUUGAUGGUAUGUCUGUUUGGAAAAUUGCAUUGAUCGGUUAUGGUAAUGGGUUGGUCAUUGGUUUAUGGAUGGGAUAUACAGUGCCGAAUGAGUUCGGAAAUAUAUGGCUAGACAAAUUCAAAAGGAAAGGGAAAAGGAACAAGAGAAGCAUCAAAAUUCAUGUUUCAAAAUAGCUGGUAAGCAUUCCUUUUAGAAACUUGGGAAAUCUUUUUAAAUUGAAAAGAUAGUUGCUGCAAAUUAUUAUAUUCUUUAAAUUUUGUAACCUCAUUUUUUUCUCUCUUGACAAAGUUCAGUAUCAUAUAAUAUUUGUUCUUGUAGCAGUGAUAUUCAUUGUCAAUGAGUCUGUUAUGAUUUUGUGUUACAAUGUCAUAGUGCAGGAGGAACCAGAAACAAGAUAUGGCAUGUAAAAGGAAAAGAGACAGGUCUAACAACAAAAUAAUCUUAAAAGACCAAGCUCGAGCAAAGAUCCUUUGUUGUUUAAUUAGUAGCAUACAUGUUGUAUCAAUGCACCAAAAAAGACGAAGACAAAAUGAGAUUGUUUGAGAUUAGGUCUUUGAUCACAAUGGAGAUAGAGAUGGAGAUGGAGUGAGAAUCUGGUCUAUUUAUCAUUCUCUGAAGCCAAACCAUUUUGCCAUUCUUGUCUGGCAUGGCUUAUUUUGUAUAAAAAAUCCAGACGAAUGGUUUGAGAAGAUACAAGGGCCUGCAGGUUGCUGUUUGUUACCUAUUCCAUGGGAAAGAAAACAUGGACUGCCAGGAUACAG